ACGUCAGUUGACAUUUCCAUUGAUUUAGCUGUGGUUGUUUGCAUACUAAACGUUUUCCUGACUUACCGUUUUCAAUAAAAACAAUUAAACCAUGGCGUACAAACGCCCAUCCGAUAGUUUAGUUGCUAUUCCCGACAUAAAACGGAGUAAAAAUGAAAUCGCUGCCUACACAAACAAAGACAAACAGCUCCUGGAAGUGGGAGUACAACGUACAUCUGGUUUGUUGGGUCCGAUCAUGCUUCUGGAAGGACACCAGGGCGAAGUGUUUUCUUGUGAAUUUCAUCCGGAAGGUCAACACCUUGUGUCUACCGGCUUCGAUCGACAGAUUUACAUCUGGAAUGUGUACGGUGAAUGUGAGAAUAUAAGCGUAAUGUCUGGCCACACCGGAUCCAUUCAAGAAAUCCAUUUCUCUCCUGACGGCGCAAGUUUGUACACCUGUUCAACGGACAAAAACCUAUCGAUCUGGGACGUACAAACAUCGCAACGAAUCCGCAAACUAAAGGGUCACAACGGCUUCGUGAACUCAUGCCAAGGUUCCCGACGCGGCAUGCAAAUGCUGGUCUCCGGAUCCGAUGAUAAUUCCAUCAAAAUCUGGGAUUCACGGAAGAGAUAUGCGGUCAAUACAUUGGACAAUACGUAUCAGGUGACAGCGGUCUCGUUCAACGACACCACCGAAUGUGUCAUCACCGGUGGCAUCGACAAUGACAUUAAAGUGUGGGAUAUGCGUAAGAACGAGGUUCUUUAUCGUUUACGCGGACACAUUGACACAGUGACGGGUAUUGCACUAUCGCCGGAUGGUUCAUAUGUUCUGUCGAAUUCAAUGGACAAUACGCUGAGGAUUUGGGAUAUUCGAGCUUAUGCACCGACUGAGCGUUGUGUGAAAAUAUUCACCGGACAUCAGCACAAUUUUGAGAAGAAUUUACUGAGAUGUGCAUGGUCUCCAGAUGGAUCGAAAAUCACAGCUGGUUCAUCGGAUCGUUUUGUGUACAUUUGGGAUACGACAUCGAGACGCGUUUUGUACAAACUACCCGGUCACAAUGGCAGCGUGAACGACGUAGAUUUCCAUCCUAAGGAACCAGUCAUUCUAUCCGGAUCAAGUGAUAAAAGUUUGUACCUGGGCGAAGUGGAGAGUUCAUAAGAAAAUAAACGAAAAGAGAUUUGGAAAGAGAAAAAAAA